AUGGAUGAACUCGUUGCCCAGUUCAUCGCAGUGACGGACUCUUCUCCCCAGAAGGCGCAGUCGUACCUCAAGGUCUCGGAUAACGACCUUGGAAAUGCCAUCGCUCUCUUCUUCGAUACCGGCGGUGUAGAUAUUGAAGACAGCAGCCCGUCGGCCCCGCCUCCGCUCCCCGCGCGUCCUGCUGGACUCAGCCAACCCGUUCACGACGAUGACGAUGAUGAUGAUGUUCGGGAAGCCUUGAGGGCCAGUGGUACUCCGGGUUCUGCUGCUACGCCUCGCGCCUACGAGGACGAUGAGGCGAUGGCGAGGAGGUUACAGGAGGAGUUUUACGGAGCGAGCAGAGGGCCGGGUGGUGGGGAUGAAGUUCGAGCUCCCAUUGCGAGGACUACGGAAACGCUUGUUGGGCCGGACAUGGACGAUGACGGUUAUGGAAUUCCGGCGCGACAGCCACGAGUUCGAGCUGGGAUUUUCAAUCAGCAGAGUUCGGUGUGGAACCGAGUACAACCCGAGGAACUAACCCUCGAGGAGCGACGGCGCCGUAUGGCUGCUGCUACGGGAGGCGCUUCGGAGAGAGGGUCACACGCUGGGCGGCUGGCAGAACUGUUUAGACCACCUGUCGAGAUCAUCUCCCAUCUGGGUUUUGAGGAGGCGUGUGAUGACGGCAAGGAGCAACAAAAGUGGAUCCUAGUCAACAUCCAGGAGGAAGCGAAUUUUGGCUCCCAGAUCCUCAAUCGCGACAUUUGGAAAGACAAAGAGGUCCAACAGGCUGUCAUGGAGAACUUCAUUUUCCUGCAAUGGCUCAACAACGGCAGAGAUGGUCGGGAUUACGUGAGGUUGUACAUGCCCGACGCCUUGUCAGGAAUCGACGCCAACGCUUUCCCACACAUUGCCAUCAUCGACCCUCGAACUGGUGAGCAGGUCAAGGUGUGGAAGGAGAUGCCUAAAACACCUAUCGAGUUUGUGCACACAGUUUACGAAUUUCUGGAACGGUAUUCACUUCGUGAUGAUGACAAGAAUCCUGUUCAACGUGUGACGAAACCGAAGCCAAAGCCUGUCAAUAUCGAGGCUAUGACAGAAGCAGAACAGCUGGAGCUUGCUCUGCAGAAUUCGAUGGGCGGUGGCGCGACCGGCAACGAGGAUCUGGCGGACAACAUCGCGGAUGACGUCGAUUUGAUGGAUGUGGAGCAGCCCGAGCAGAAGUAUCUGGAGCCUAAAGGCAAGGCAAUCGAGCAGACACCUUUUCAGAAGAUUUCCGGUACCAAUCACCACCAGGAGCCGGCCCAGGGACCUGACUCUACGAGGAUACAAUUCAAGCUCCACGACGGAAGCAGAGUUGUUCGCAGGUUCCUCCUCAGGGAUACAGUCGAACGGCUGUUCGAGUUUGUCAAGGCGGACCUGUUGCCGGAGAAGGAGGCACAGAAGGACGGCGGAGGAAACCCUCACAAGGAGUUUGAGCUGGUCAGUAUGGGCAAGCGUCUGAUUGAAGUGUUGGACAAGACCGUUGAGGAGGCUGGGCUCAAGAUGGGCACCAUCAUGGUGGAGGCGUUGGAAGAAUAA